UUUUUUUUUUUUUUGCUUCAAUUUCUUUUUUGGAACAAACGCCCUUUUUGGUUCUGCUUUAGAUACCUCUUUAUGCAUGGGCUUCUCGGGGUUAUGCCGCGUUUUAUGUUUUCCCCGUCGUUCUCGGUCUUCUACUCUCCAUACUUAACUAUAUAUAUAUAUACCAUGUGGAUGCGGGGUGGGGGUGUUGAUGAUGAUGGGACAUGGGCAUCGGCAUGGACUUGGGGUGGUUGGUAUAUUGGGCCCGGGCUCGGUUCGGGAAUGGAUCUUUGGCGUGGGUUACUUGUGGCCUGGCCUGCUUGGGUUGGAUUCUGGGUUUGGGAGGGUCGUGGAGCGAUUUGUGCAUACAUAGUUUUUUCAAGAUUGAAACCUGGCGUGCUGCGAUGGUUGGUCGGUUCGGUGUGGUUUGGCUUGGUCUGGUCUGGUCUGGUCUGGUUUGGUGUGGUGUUUUGUCGGUUUUGGCCGCGAGCGUCGUAUCACAUCAUAUAUGUUGGCUGGGUACUACUAGACUAGUGGAAUCUGAUACAGCCGGCUAGAUUCAUCGCUUUCCUUGUUACUUUGUGGAGAGUGGGCGGGUGGGAAGUAUGGGUUCCUUUUGGGGAGUGGCGGCGCUGCCUAUCUCUGUGCUGUUGGCGGUGUUGUCAGGGUGAGCAGUAACUGGGCGUGUAAAGGGGGUGGUUAUGUGUGCUAUGUCCGUUAGGGUAAUAGUAGUGAGCCAAGUUGAUUAAUCAACGUUAUCGACGCCUGGAA